AUGUCAAAGCCUCACAGAUGCCCGCAUAUUGCCACGACUGGAAAUAUCUGCGUGUACUGCCCGGGUGGGCCAGAUUCGGAUUUCGAGUACAGCACGCAGUCUUACACUGGAUAUGAGCCCACCAGCAUGAGAGCUAUUCGAGCUAGAUAUAACCCCUAUGUCCAGGCGAGAAGCAGAAUUGAUCAGCUUAAAAGGUUGGGUCACAGUGUUGAUAAGGUUGAAUUUAUCUUGAUGGGUGGUACCUUUAUGUCACUACCAUCAGAAUAUCGUGAUUAUUUUACAAGGAAUCUUCAUGAUGCGCUGUCAGGGCAUACUUCUGCCAAUGUUGAAGAGGCAGUGACCUAUUCGGAGCACAGUGCAGUAAAGUGUAUUGGAAUGACCAUUGAAACGUGA